AUGUCGUCCUCCUCCUCCUCCGGGGCCUCCGCCGCCUUCACGCCAGUAUCGCAGCAGCAGCAGCAGAUGGCGUCGGAGAGCCUCAGCUCGGAGCUUCAGCCCCCGGCGCCGAUGCAGCCGGAGGCGCCUUCCGAGCAGCUCUGCUACGUGCACUGCCACUUCUGCGACACCGUCCUCGUCGUGAGCGUGCCGAGCAGCAGCCUCUUCAAGACGGUGACAGUGCGGUGCGGCCACUGCAGCAGCCUGCUCACCGUCGACAUGAGGGGCCUCCUCUUCCCGACCACGACCACCACUGUCGCCGCCGAGUCAGCCGCUUCUGCUGUCACCACCACGACGUCCCCGCCGCCGGCCGCCGCUGCUCACCACGGCCAGUUCCACUACCCCAGCUCGCUCAACCUCGCGCCCGGCAACCCUCCCCGCCACUCCCUCCUGGAUGAGAUAUCCAGCGCUAACCCGAGCCUGCAGCUACUGGAGCAGCACGGCCUCGGCGGCCUGAUCGCGGCUGCGGGUGGCAGGAACGCCGCGGCACCUGCGCCGCUGCCGCCACCCCCAGUCGCCGGGGGGAAAGGUGGGAAGGAGCCAUCACCACGGACCAAUCCCGUCGUCAACAGACCUCCGGAGAAGAGGCAGCGCGUGCCGUCGGCGUACAACCGCUUCAUCAAGGACGAAAUCCAACGCAUCAAGGCUGGCAAUCCCGACAUCUCGCACAGGGAGGCCUUCAGCGCGGCUGCCAAGAACUGGGCUCACUUUCCGCAUAUCCACUUUGGCCUCAUGCCGGAUCACCAGGGGCUCAGGAAGACCAGCCUCCUACCUCAGGAUCAUCAGAGAAAGGAUGGCCAUGGGCUUCUAAAGGAGGGGCUUUACGCGGCCAACAUGGGGAUUGCUCCGUACUGA